CGCAAGAAAAUACUUGGAUUUAUAAUUCUCUUCUUUCGUCCACAGAGGCCUCUUUGGACAGUUUAGCUGCACAGAGUUUAAUUCACACACAAUGGCUGGCCUGGUGGCUGAUGAAAUGGUGGCGCGCGGAAACUUUGAGAUGGCGAUACGCCUCUAUGACAUUGCUGGGAAUCUUAAUCUGGCCUUAAAGUACACUUCGAUACUGCUGGCUCAGGUGGUGCAGCAGCGUCCAGCGGAGGGCACAUUACGGGCCCGACUUAGUCUGGAAGUGAGGCGUUUUAGCACCCAGCUAACGGCUGCCGGYUCCUCGGAUAUUGAGCCUAAGGUGCAUGUGAUCUUCACAUUGUUACGUGAUUUGCUGAAGUUCUUUGACGACUAUCACGAUGGAAAGCAUUGUGCGGCGCUAAAGCAGCUGGAGGGCAUACCAAACAUUAUACCCAAUACCACUAAGGAUGUGGACGUGUGCUUGUCAACUGUAAAGCAACUAAGUGGUGAUAUCGUCAAAGUCAUACCCGAUGUCAUGGUGGCAGCAAUGGACUUGGUACUCAUACAAUACAAACAGGCGAAGUCAGGGGCUCCGGGCGGUGCAGCCCAAAUGCAGCAAUUGGAUGAGCUGCGUGAGCGUGCCAAGGCGAUUACCAAUAUGUCUGCUACCAUGCCGUAUUGUCCCACAAAUCAGCGCCUCUUGCAGAUUGAGCUCCAGAUGCAAUAAGAUGAAUAAAUGGUGAAUGCCAAA